AUGGACAGAGGCAUUGAAUUUGACGUCCUCGACGCCCAUGGUACUGAGUACCAUAGUUGGAUCUCGGACAUAGAACAGACCUUCAUUGCUAAGGAUCUGACCGAGACCAUAUUCCCCGAUCCAGAUCAGGAACCGCCUAGCAAGAGAACAAAAUCUCAGUAUCAAUCCAAGCACGAUCCAAAAGAUCUGUGGGAUGCCCUUGCCGAACGCUUCGGCAACAUUCAUUCGACCUUGCUCCCAGAACUAAUUGCUCGCUGGGAUGAAAUCCGACUUUUGGAUUACAAGAAGGUCGAUGACUUCAACAAGGAUAUGCUUUGCCUACAAGCUCAACUGAGCUCAUGUGGAGUCGAGAAAAGUGAUGCCGACAUGAUCGAAAAGACUUUCUCGACCUUCCCUUCAGUCGCUAAGAUCCUCAUGAACCAAUAUCGGCUUGAGUUCACAAAUAAGAGGAUUACUACAUUUAGCGGUUUAAUGACGCAUCUUCUUAUGGAAGAAAAGAAUAAUAUGAUCAAUGAUCAGCAAAAUUUGCGUCCUGUAGGCACCCGGAAAAUUCCGGAAUCUAAUUACAAUUGCAAUCGGAGUAAGAAAGCUCCGAAACGCAAGGAUCAACAUAGGAAUGAACCUUAUGCACGUGGGAAUCAUCACCACCGUGCCUCUAGUUCUCGGGGACAAGGUAGCGUCUUUAGUGGCCGUACCAACUCAUGGCGUCGAGACACCGGUGCCGCCGGCCCCAAGGGCGGCGCCGCUCCUCCUCGGAAGCAGCAUGCUCGCUCUUCUUCUGCCUUUGAUGGUCAAUGCAACAGAUGUGGGUCCAAGGACCACUGGUCUAAAAGCUGUCGCGCUCCUGCAAAUGUUGUUGCCGCAUACAAGAAAUACAAGGAAUUGAUGGAAGUCAAUUCCACUGAAAACAAUGGAGUUGAACAUAAUGUUACCUUCAAGGUCGCUGACCCUAAUGGACAAUGUUCUGACUUAGAUGCCCCUGACUUUGACAUCACCGGCUAG